UCUUGUCAUGUCAACUUCUUUCAACGUACCUAAAGAGGUGAAAGGAGCAAUAGUUGAACACGGCCAAAUACAGUUUAGUCUAGACUCAGGUUUGUCGGGAAUUCGGCUGCAGUAAUAGUGCUAGUGUAGAGAGACUGCUGCAAAAUAUGCUUGUUAUCAAAUCCUUUACGUGGCAUUUGGUGGCGAGUUUGAUUUUCGGUUUUCUUGGGAGCUAUCUAGUGGGCACAGAUGAAACCGCACAGGAAACACGGCCAUGGUAUGAAACACUGCCAGCUGUCGCCAUGGAUUACAAAGUGCACAUCGAUGCUGGUAAGGAGGAUUGUUACUUUCAAUACGUGCAACCGGGCAGCACAUUCUACGUCAGCUUUCAGGUAAUCAGAGGAGGCGAUGGAAUGGCCGGUUUUGCUGUUCGUAAUCCUCGGGGGGAAAUAGUUCAUCCAUACCAGUGGCAAGCGUCCAGUGAUUUCACCGACGGUUCCUCAAUGGGAGGCUACUAUGCCGUGUGUAUCGACAAUCAAUUUGCCAAAUUCGCCAGUAAGCUGGUCAAUCUUUACCUGACUGUCAUUCGGUACGACGAGUGGGAGAAGUACACCAAGGAGAUUGAAGAUCUGAAUGUCAACAUGAAUAAUUUCACGAACACCAUUUCGACGGUGGAACGGAAUUUGAACGCCAUGUUCCAGUAUCAGGCAUACUCGAGGAACACGGAGGCACGUGACUAUGCAUUGAUCAUUGACAAUAACUCAUAUGUGCUGCACUGGUCCAUCCUGCAGAUUGUGGUCAUCAUACUAACCACGUCAAUUCAGGUUUAUUUCGUGCGAAAAUUGUUCGACAUUAAAACGGGGACUAACAGCAAAAUGCGAAUCUAAUUGGAGUGGCAGUUGGAGGAUCGCAGCGUUCAUUGUAUCAUUCCAUCUGUGUGACUGAGGGAAUCGCCGACCGUUUUACAACAGCUGUCGUUUGUAGAGACGGCUUAACCGGCCUGCAUACCCGCCGCAAUUUGUUUGGUUUUCUAGUGGAAAAUCAAAUUUCCGAAAACUGUUUGCACAAUUAGAAGAUACUUCUAUCCAUUUUAGUAUUCUUUGCUAAAAGUAAUGCAUUUCAUUCAUCGUUUCAUCUUUACUCAUUGUUUAUUUUUAAUAAAUGAAUAGUUUUGUA